ACCUUAUAUAAGAUAAUAGUAAAUAAGUAUUUAUAUUUAUUAAUUAAUGAAAAGUUCCUAAACCUUCCGUAUCAAAUCCUUAAAAAAUAAUUCAAAAAAUAACACUCAAUACUAAUCCCUUUAAAUGAGUCUAACUUGUUAAUCUUUAACAAAUAAAGCAAAGAAAUAUUAAGAACAAUUUUAUAAUAGUAUAAUCUAAAUCUAACCAAUACAAGUGAUAUCAAAAUAGACUAGCAUCACUUGUAGACAGUCUAUAUUAUCAAUUACUGAUAGCCAAGUAAGUGCAGAUGAAGAAUUUGAGAUAUGGGAUGAUAAUUAAGACCUAAGAGUUAAAAAAAUACUAAUAGAAGAAAAACAAUCUUCUGUUGGCUAGUUUUUGUAAUUGUACAAAGCUAGGUUUGGGUAACUUUUGUUUCUAUUAAAGGGGAUUUCCAGGAUAAAGACAACCAAUCGAAAAUGAGGAGGUAAUAAAAACUGCCAUUUCUUAUGCCUCGUCAAGUAAAAAACUAUUCAAAAAAUAUUUCCCCUCUAAAUAAAUCGUAUUCGAUGAUCAAAACGAUUAUUCGUAACCUUAUAAUAUAGAAGAUGACAAACAUUUUCAAACUUUCAAUAGGUUUUUUAGAAAUAAGAAGUUAUUAACAAAUCUAAAGAUAUGUCAAUCAAGUUUAAAGAAAACACAACAUUCCUGA